ACCGAACCGUUGUUUGUGGGAGAUAUAAAUAAAUGUGUGACAAAUGUAUGUUUAUGGUUAAUUGUAGCAUAGGGCCCUCGCAGGCUCGCACCAAGAAACAGACAGCAUAACGACGGAGACAGCAACUAUCUCGUAUUUCUUUCGUCCAACUCCCGCCCAUUUCCCUGCUGCUCGUACUGCCGCCACACGGUGAAGAUCGGCACGGCCGACAGAUCGAAGCUUCUUGACACCACACUCUUUAUGAUGCUCCGAGAAUGAUUCUUGUGCUUUAUAGUCUACGGCAGAACGUUUGUCUCGGCGAACGCACGCCGGUUAGUUGCGAUUUAAAUGUGGCUGCGUACGGUGCGCACGCUCCGGAUCCUUGUUAGCUGGCUAGUGUAAUACAUAUCGAAACGUUGUUCAUAGUUCACAGUUUAAUCAGUGCUCAAUAUCAUGGAUGAUGAUUACACAUCGAUCGAAGACUAUUUUAGCAACGAAGUGUACCUAACACAUUCGAGUGACUAUGAAGAGCUCCUGGGCAACAAUUCCCGCCCUGAGCUGUCGCCUCGCGAUCCAACCGAGCUGGUAUUAAUGUAUGCGUUCAAUGCCGUGAUCGUGGCGACGGGGAUUGUUCUUAAUCUGGUCCUCGUAAAAGGAAUCAUCGGCGCCAAAUCUAAUGGGGCGCUCUUGUUUGUGCUGCAGAUAGCGCUCAUCGAUGUAUUGACGCUUCUUACAUGCAACUGGGAAUUGUACUACUACAUUAGACGAACGUGGAUUUUUUCGAAGCUCCACUGCACUCUGUACAGUGGGUUGGAGUCAUUCACCAGCGUGGCGGUGGUGUACUUCAUUAUUGGACUGAAUUUUCACUCGAUCUCCUCGUACAAUCUGGCCGUGGAAUUGUCGAAAAAUGCUCUCGCUACACCUGACGCUGAGAGCGCAACCGAAUCCCUGACGGAGGAAAACAAUUACGAAGUAGCUACCGAUUCAAUCUCCCAGAAACGAUCCCUCACGAUCGAUUACCGGUACAAAAAACGGCGCAUUUCCGUCCGACUUCCGAUACUGCUCGUGUGGUUCAUAGCAGCAUCCGAAUCGCUGCCACUGUUCCUGUUUGCCGACAUCGAAACGCUCAACCCAGCGGAUAGUGCGGAGCAGCCGAUCAAACAGUAUUGUACGGAAUUGACCAAUACCGUGGCAAAUCAUAACAUCGUCAGCCUCAUGGUCAUCGCCAUUCGUAUCAUCUUGCCGUCUGUGGCACUGGUGAUAACACUCGCACAAACGGUGAUUAAGUUUUAUAGAGGCAAGCAUUUUACGCAACCGGAUGAGAUUGAAGAAAAUGUUGCAUUUUCGCUUAAGCUAUCUAUCUUUCUGUCGAUCUCCUAUGCGGUAUUUACUAUGCAACGAUUGUACGGCUCGUUGCUGCAGGAAAUAAUUUUACAGCCAAAAAUUGUGCCCAAAUACCCAGGUUUUAACCCGAUCGUCGGGAUCUCGCUGGCAGUACUUCACUACACAGCAUCUUUCAUUCGGCCGCUAGUUUUAAUAAUUAUGUGUAAACAAAAGAGCAACAAUGUGGAUAUUACGUUCACCUGCCAGAAACGCGCUGAGAAUAAUAGUAUAUCUUUGCAGUAGUAACAGCAUGAAGUACAUACACCCGAUUCUAUGCAAUAGUUCGCUUGAACGAAUGCAUAGUGAGACAUUCGAUGCAAUUGUUCUCCCGAUAGAUUGUCAUUGGAUUCUGGUGGAACAAACAACACAACAAACGGACUUUUUUUAGAAAUACAUUUUUAGUAUUAUGACUAUUCCGAAUCAAACAACAGAAUCGGCUAUAGGCUGAUCUGUGUCCAGGAAGUGAAGUGCAUAAAUAAGGCCUUUGAUCGGGCGCUUUGAUAUAUGCUUAAAACAUAAUUAUUGUAAGUAACUUUUACGUUAUUGCAAUGUAAGGUUUUAUGAAGCUAGUCAAAUAAAUGGUAAUAAUAAAUACAUAUCACAGCUCUUUCGAUAUUUCGUA